GCUUCUUUUUCUUUUUUUUUUGUGUGUAACACUUUGAUAUUUACAACCUCAGAUUCUAAAAAUGGCGGAAGAAUCUUUAUUACAAUCUCGUACAGAAGACUUAUCAAAUGGUUGUCCUAAUAAAUUCUCUUCACUUCUGUCUGAAAUAUCAAAUGCUUCCACUCUACCUUUUGUUCUUGCUUUCACUGCUGCUUCUUGUGGUGCCUUCAACAAUGGUUGCGCUGUUGGAUAUACGGCUCCUACACAGUCAAGUAUCGUAAAAGACUUGAAUCUAUCCAUAGCUGACGCAAGUUCUACUAUUAGUGUUUUUUUCUUCUUCUUCUCUUUCUUUCGGUUUAUUCCGGUUCGAUCGGAUUUGUUUUUGAUACAAUUAAUUGCUUUUUUUUUUUUUCUCGCUUUCCCUCAGUUUUCAUUUUUUGGAUCGAUAUUGACGGUGGGGUUAAUCCUUGGAGCAUUAGUUUGUGGGAAGUUGACAGAUUUGGUUGGUCGUGUCUACACAAUAUGGAUCACUAACAUCCUCUUCAUAAUCGGCUGGCUCGCUAUUGCAUUUGCCGAGGAUGUUUGGCUGCUCGAUGUUGGAAGGUUAUUGCAAGGGUUUGCGGGAGGAAUCAACUCAUAUUUGGGGCCUAUAUACGUUAGCGAGAUAGCACCUAAAAACUUGCGAGGAGCUGCAUCUUCUUUUGUGCAAUUAUUCAUCGGUGUUGGUAUAUCGGUCUUUUAUGCACUUGGAACAUUCGUUGAGUGGCGCAGUUUAGCCAUUUUGGGAUUUAUACCUUCUCUAGUGGUUCUGCCUCUUCUUUUCUUCGUCCCGGAAUCUCCUAGAUGGCUAGCUAAAGUCGGAAGGGGAAAGGAGGUUGAGGCAGUCUUGUUAUCCCUGAGAGGAGCAAAAACUGAUGUAUCGGAUGAAACAGCACAUAUAUUAGAAUAUACACAACAUGUUGAGGAACAAGAAGGCGUCGAUGGCCAUGGUUUCUUCAAGUUGUUCCAGCGAAAAUACGUGUUGCCACUUACUAUUGGAGCUGUUCUUAUAUCUGUACCUCAGUUUGGAGGUCUUAAUGGUUAUUCUUUUUACACUGAUACCAUUUUCACCUCAACCGGUGUAUCAAGUGACGUUGGAUUCAUAUUGACAUCUAUUGUUCAGAUGUCUGGAGGGGUUUUAGGUGUUGUGCUUGUAGAUAUAUCUGGAAGACGUUCUCUCGUACUGGUUUCUCAAGCUGGAAUGUUCUUUGGUUGCCUUGCAACAGCCAUUUCAUUCUUCUUGCAGAAAAACAAUUUCUGGGAAACAGGAACACCAACAUUGUCUCUCAUUAGUGUUAUGGUGUAUUUUGGAUCAUACGGAUUAGGCAUGGGACCGAUACCAUGGAUCAUAGCAUCAGAGAUUUAUCCAGUAGACGUGAAGGGAGCAGCAGGGACAGUUUGUAACUUGGUCUGCUCCAUAAGCUCAUGGCUCGUUUCUUACUCCUUCAACUUCUUGAUUCUGUGGAGUUCCACUGGAACAUUUCUGAUGUUUGCCACAGCGAUGUGCAUUGGAUUUGUGUUCACUGCCAAAUUUGUUCCGGAGACCAAAGGCAAAUCUCUAGAAGAGAUUCAAUCUCUUUUCACUGAUCCUCCUCCUGAAGAAAUAAAAUAAGCAAACCUCAGAAAUUAUAUUUUCAUAAAUACCUAUUUUAAUAAAUAGGUAUAUAAAUUUUAAUGCUUUGUUUCCAAUCAACUAUAUAUCAAACCGCAACUUAAAUAGUAUGAAAUUUUUUAAUUGA